UUCAUUUCUAUAUCUAUGGCUAGAGGAAACUGGACAAGAGUUGAAGAGUUUAUCCUCAUGAGCUUCUCUUCCCUACCUACAGAAAUACAGUCAUUACUCUUCCUGACAUUUCUAAUCAUCUACCUGGUCACCCUGAUGGGAAACAGCCUCAUCAUUCUGGUUACUUUGGCUGACCCCAUGCUGCACAGUCCCAUGUACAUCUUCCUCAACUUGUCCUUCUUGGAGAUUGGCUUCAACCUAGUCAUUGUGCCCAAAAUGCUGGGGACCCUGCUGGCCUCGGACACAACCAUCUCCUUCCUUGGCUGUGCCACACAGAUGUAUUUCUCCUUUUUCUUUGGAGGUGCUGAAUGCUUCCUCCUGGCCACCAUGGCAUAUGACCGCUAUGUAGCCAUCUGCAGUCCCUUGCACUAUGCAGUCAUCAUGAACCAAAGGACAUGUGCCAAACUGGCUAUUGCCUCCUGGUUUCCAGGUUUUCCCGUAGCUACUGUGCAGACCACGUGGCUCUUCAGCUUUCCAUUCUGUGGCACCAACAAGGUGAAUCACUUCUUCUGUGACAGCCCACCUGUGCUGAGGCUGGUCUGUGCAGACACAGCACUGUUUGAGAUAUAUGCAAUUGUUGGAACCAUUCUGGUCAUCAUGAUACCCUGUUUGCUGAUCCUGUGUUCCUACACUCGCAUUGCUGCUACCGUCCUUAAGAUUCCAUCAGCUAAAGGGAAGCAUAAAGCCUUCUCUACCUGCUCCUCCCAUCUCCUUGUUGUCUCUCUGUUCUAUGUAUCUUUGAGCCUCAUCUACUUCUGGCCUAAAUCCAAUAAUUCUCCUGAGAGCAAAAAGCUGCUGUCAUUAUCCUACACUGUUGUGACUCCCAUGUUGAACCCCAUCAUUUAUAGCCUGAGAAAAAAUGAGGUGAAGAAUGCUCUUGGCCGGACCUUCCGCAAGGCUUUAGACCUUAGAAAUUGCAUCCCAUAG